AUGACUACAGAUACAAAGAUAUCGAAUGAAAAUACACAAGCUCUUGCUGAAACAUUAACUGAAUUUGAAUUAAAUACUGGUGUUAUAAGUGCAGAUAAUCAAAAUGAAGAAACAUCAGCAACUGAUAAAAUUAAACAACGUCUUGAACGUUUCGGAAAAGUAGCACCUGAAGCAAAAAAAAAUCUCUCGUGCUUUACGUUUUGGUACAACACAUCAAUUAGUGGCACAGCUAAAAAACGACGUUUGGAAAGAUUCGGAGUUCUUCCUCAUUCACCAGAGGAAGUACAACAAAAGAAACGUCAACGAGCUGAACGUUUUCAUGUGAAUAAUUCUGGAACAACAGAAGAUGAAGAUGUUAAAAAGAAACGUCUUGAUCGUUUUGGUUCGACGACAUCAUCAUCAACAACAACAACUCCUCUUUUAUCUGAUGCAGUUCAAAAAAGAACUCAACGUUUUGGUGAUGUAUCUAAAGUAGCAAAAUUAAAUACAAUGAAUGAACAAAAAAAUAAACGUGCUGAACGAUUUAAAUUAAAUACAAAUGUUUAA